CAGUUUGUGUAGAACAUGAGCCUUCAUUUUGUGGAAUGUCAUGCCUCUGUACGUAUAAAGAGCUGGGUAAUACAGAAGAGGCCUUGCUGGUACGCAGAGUAUGCAACUGAAGGUUUACUGGGCUGUCAGCACAGGUAGCUGAAUCUUUGCAAAAUUGCAUCAUCGUGAACACAACAGAGACUUGCUGGCUUUAGCACAUGUCACUGGGGAUUUGGGCAGCAGGGGUGAAAAAAUGGUGUCGGUGGAGAAAUGGUGUUGGUGGGUUUGCUCUGGAAGCUGGGAUGUGGUGGUGCUUGUCUCUGAGUCCCACAUGUGAGAGGACAGGCAAUUGGAAGAUGGAGAGCCUCACAGAGACAGUGAAGAAUUUGAGGAAAGGGCAUGGUAGAGAAAGCAGGAGUGCAUGUAUCAUAAGCAGUGGGAAUUUGUGGUUGUGUGGUGGUCAGGUGGAUGGCGAAAGCAGGAAAUAGAGAAAUGCCAGUUCCUCCAGUGGUUGGAGGUGAACUGACACUUCAGGCUCAUUGGGUUCCAGUUGAUCGGAGGCCAGUACGUAUGGUAAUAAAGCCUUCACAAGCAUAGUCAUAAACAGUGCCUUGGCUUUUCUCCGAAACCUGGGCAGUGAGCACUAGCUUCUGAUGGGCCUCAUCAGAGGAGGGAGGCCAUGAGUUUCCACUAAUCCGGAAUGACUCUGCCUCCUCCCAGAAAAUCUCCGGAGAGCUGAUACAAUUUUGCUACAAAUUUAUGGGUGGUGUGGUUUUGUGUAAGUUAUGGGAGUGUACUGUAGUUGUAAACUGAAAAAAUCAAAUGAGCAAAUGAGCAAGUAAUGGACAACGUAAGUACUGAGACACCAGAAGUUAGAGAACAGUUCAACAAGAACUAAAAACUGAAAAUAGUGCUGAAGAUGACAGCAUGUUUAGGAGAGAUUUGUAAUGAGUUGGCUGUGUGUGUUGGGAUGGAAUUUGGGCAGGAAUAAAUCUUUGGUAAUGAUUGCAUGAAACCUUGUUUCUUCUCUAUUCUUGGUUCUCUGGCCUAGCAGAAGUUGAUAACAUCAGGCAAGCAACGUUUUGAAACAGAUUGUUUGCUACAAAUGACUGUUGCAACUUUGUGUUUUUUAUCCCCAUAAAGACUUACUUAAAUGUUAGUUGGUAUUAUUUCGAAAAGAUUAUGUUUCUUAUGGAAAUGUUGGGCAAAAUCUUCAUGUUUUUUUUCUAGGCCUAUUGUGAAGGUAGCAGUGAAGCUGGGAGAUUCCCAUCACUGAAAAAUGGCUGGGGGAUAGGAGAACUGCUGAAGUCUGUGUUGUUUGCUUGCGCAGAAAACAUUGGUUUUCUUGCUGGUUCAGUAUUUAUGAAGCUAGUUGUCUUUAAGUGCAAGUUUACAUUAGAUCUUGUUUUACCCAACUAGGUUUGCCUUAUCCUGGUAACAGUGCUUAUAUGUAAAGAGAAAAACACAGAGUGGAGUUUUGAAUCUAGUUAGUAUUUUGAAGCAUUUUGUAGUACUGAUUGGCUCUUUUGGUAAGAGUGCAAGUGUUACAUGUUGAAGAAGAGCAGACAUUCGGUUGACAGACUUUGACUUUUGGCAAUUUUUGAGAACUGGUGAUAUUUUAAAUAUAGAAGCAAAUUGGUACAUUGUCAUGUGGCAGGUGUAUAUUCUAAAUAUUCACACAUCUGAAGUUUGAAAACUCAUGGUGUUAUACUCUGGAAGCAGUUUACAUUGUUGACUUCAGUUCCUGAAGUGGACUAAGAGUAACUUUCUCUUGGCUGUCAUGUACUCUUUUCAGUAUAUGAAGGGGGAUGUAUCAGAAGUGAAGGGUUUCACAUUGCUAGCUGCCUACCUUUAACUUCAUCUUCUUCGCCUUUCUUGAUUUGAGAACAUUGCAUCCCCUGCUACCCCAAGAAAAAACUUGAAUGUGAACUUGCUUCGGCUUUGACUUUUUGUUGUUCCCCAUGUGAGAUAAUAAGAAAACCAUGUUUCCAUAUCACUUUAUCACAGCUUUUUCUAUUCUCUCUGUAUUUCUGGGUUUUUGACAAAUGGUCUGGGAUAGUCAAGAGAUUGGCCUCCUCAUACUGAAUCAUGAAUGUUUGGUGUUCUGGAGUAGUAGUUGUUGAAUGCCAAGUGAUGGACUCUGAAUGAUACUUAGGCUGUCUUCAGGCCAAGAGAUGUUCUCUGUUCAAUUUCAUAUGCCCAGAAUUUCAGCUUUUCCUGUGAUGAGUAUUGCACAGGCAGAGGCAACCUUCUUAGCGUAAUACUUAUAACUUAAAUAACCUUUCUUCUUUACCUUCUACAGACAGUGUGACUGAUGAGAGUUAAAGGCCAUGGAUGAAGAUGGGCUUGAAUUGCAGCCGCAUGAGCCAAAUGCGUUUUUUGAUCCAACAGGAGCAGAUGCCACACAUAUGGAUGGAGAUCAGAUUGUUGUGGAAGUACAGGAAACAGUAUUUGUUUCAGAUGUAGUCGACUCAGAUAUAACUGUGCAUAACUUUGUUCCUGAUGAUCCAGAUUCUGUAGUAAUCCAAGAUGUCAUUGAGGAUGUUGUUAUUGAGGAUGUUCAGUGCCCAGAUAUUAUGGAGGAGCCAGACGUAUCUGAAACUGUCAUUAUUCCUGAACAAGUGCUGGACACAGACGUGGCUGAAGAGGUUUCUUUGGCUCAUUGCACUGUUCCAGAUGAUGUUUUGGCUUCAGACAUAACAGCAGAAGCAAUGUCUAUACCAGAACAUGUACUGACGAGCGAGUCAAUGCAUGUACCUGAAGUUGGACAUGUAGAACAUGUAGUUCAUGAUAAUGUUGAAGAAGCAGAUAUUGUCACUGAUACUCUGGGAACAGAUGUUGUUUCUGAAGAAGUCUUGGUGGCAGACUGCGCAUCGGAAGCAGUGAUCGACGCCAAUGGGAUCCCUGUGGAACAUCAAGAUGAGAAGGGCAACUGUGAAGAUUACCUGAUGAUUUCUCUGGAUGAUGCUGGUAAGAUAGAACAUGAAGGUUCUGCUGAAAUUACCAUGGAAGCAGAGUCAGAAAGUGGAUCUUGUAAAGUGGAUGGCAUUUGUCCAGAAGUCAUCAAGGUCUAUAUAUUCAAAGCAGACCCUGGAGAAGAUGAUUUAGGGGGCACAGUAGACGUUGUGGAAAGCGAGCCAGAAAAUGAUCAUGCAGUUGGCUUACUUGAUCAAAAUAGCAGUAUUCGUAUUCCAAGGGAGAAAAUGGUUUACAUGACCGUAAAUGAUUCUCAGCACGAAGACGAAGAUUUAAAUGUUGCAGAAAUAGCCGAUGAGGUUUAUAUGGAAGUGAUAGUAGGAGAGGAAGAUGCAGCAGUCGCCCAUGAACAGCAAAUUGAUGACAAUGAGAUUAAAACUUUCAUGCCAAUAGCAUGGGCAGCAGCUUAUGGUAAUAAUAACGAUGGCAUUGAAAGUCGGAAUGGCACUGCAAGUGCUCUUUUGCACAUAGAUGAGUCAGCGGGACUUGGGAGACUGGCAAAGCAAAAACCAAAGAAGAAGAGGAGACCUGAGUCCAGGCAGUAUCAAACAGCAAUAAUCAUUGGCCCCGAUGGUCAUCCACUGACAGUCUAUCCCUGCAUGAUUUGUGGAAAGAAAUUUAAAUCUAGAGGUUUCUUGAAAAGGCACAUGAAAAACCACCCGGAGCACCUUCUUACUAAGAAAAAGUACAGAUGCACGGACUGCGAUUACACUACGAAUAAAAAAAUAAGUUUACAUAACCACUUGGAGAGUCAUAAGCUGACCAACAAAACAGAAAAGCUUAUUGAGCGUGAUGAGUGUGGGAAAAGCUUCUCUCACGCGGGAGCGUUAUUUGCGCACAAGAUGGUGCACAGGGACAAAGGAGUGAAUAAAAUGCACAAGUGCAAAUUCUGCGACUAUGAGACAGCAGAACAAGGAUUGCUAAGUCAUCACCUUUUAGCUGUUCACAGCAAGAACUUUCCUCAUAUUUGCGUGGAGUGUGGCAAGGGAUUUCGUCAUCCGUCGGAGCUGAAGAAGCACAUGCGAAUCCACACUGGUGAGAAACCCUACCAGUGCCAAUAUUGUGAAUACCGAUCUGCCGACUCUUCUAACUUGAAAACUCAUGUAAAGACUAAGCAUAGCAAGGAGACGUCGUCCAAGUGUGAUAUUUGUUUCCAGACUUUUUCAGAUACCAAAGAGCUACAGCAGCAUACACUUAUGCAUCAAGAGAGCAAAACACAUCAGUGUUUGCAUUGUGACCAUAAGAGCUCAAACUCGAGUGAUCUGAAACGACAUAUAAUUUCAGUCCACACAAAAGACUAUCCCCAUAAGUGUGAUAUGUGUGAUAAAGGCUUUCACCGGCCUUCGGAACUGAAAAAACACGUGGCGGCUCACAAGGGUAAAAAAUUGCACCAGUGCAGACAUUGUGACUUUAAGAUUGCUGAUCCAUUUAUUCUGAGUCGCCACAUACUCUCAGUUCACACAAAGGAUCUUCCAUUCAGGUGCAAGAGAUGUAGGAAGGGCUUUAGGCAACAAAAUGAGCUGAAAAAACACAUGAAAACACACAGUGGCAGGAAAGUUUAUCAAUGCGAGUACUGCGAGUAUAGCACUACAGACGCCUCAGGCUUCAAACGGCAUGUUAUUUCCAUUCAUACAAAAGACUACCCUCACCGAUGUGAGUAUUGCAAGAAGGGUUUCCGAAGGCCUUCAGAGAAGAACCAGCACAUUAUGCGGCAUCAUAAAGAUGUUGGGCUGCCUUAAAGUCUCUUUCAAAGACUUACGGCUGGAAUUGCAAAGGAAUUUUGCCUUUCGGGCAGUUAGCUUAUUUUAAAGCCAAUCACCUGCGAUCACACACACAAACACACACACAAAAAAAAAACCAACAAAAAAAUACCCCCAUACUGUGCAUUUGAUUUGUUGCUGUAUAAAAAUAGGAUUCUUGCUUCUAGUUGACUUUUAUACUUUUGUUCAAUAGCGUGUUCUGAAUUCUAUUCAGUUUGUUUAAUAAAUGAAGAAAAGAUGGCAACAAUAAAGUUGCAUUUAAUAAAGUAAA